AUGUCACAUACUCUAUUUAAUAGUAUUUUUAAUAAAACUUAUCCUGAGUUAGCUUCUUUAAAUACUAAUAUUUUAUUAUUACAAAAUAUUUAUCAAUCUACUUUCAUUGAAGAAGCAAAUAAUUUUGAAUUUUCAGAACAGAAUAAUAAUGAAAUUAAUAAUUUUAUUAGUAGUGAACCAUUUUAUAAUAUUGAUAAUAAUAUUUUUUCUCAAAUUGAAAUUAAUAAUUUUUAUAAAAUAUUUAAUCAAAAAUCUGAGUCUUUUAUUAGUGAAGUUGAUAAGAAACAAAAAGCACUUACUGAUCAAGAUAUUAAUGCAUUUU